AUGGGUUUGGUUCGAUGGACGGCCCAGGUUUGUUUUUUUACCUAGUGCUUUUUGUUUUUGUUCUAGAACAAAAUAAACUCAAAACUGACGUUAAAAAAGCCUGAAACAGACUUUUUGAAGUCAAAAUGAGAAUAAUGACUAGCUUUUUGAGUGUUUAGAAUCAACAAAUAAUCUAGUUUUUUUAAUAUCUUAAUAGUCUGGAGGUCCCAAAUAAUUCCAAAGCUUUAAACUUUCGCAUAAAAGUUACCAUUUCAUUGCGGGUCUAAACAUUUUAACGGCUCCCGGAUUAAUUAAUUAAGAAAAAAAUUUCAAUUUAUUUAUUUUGAGAAACCGUUCUAGAGGAAUAAACUUAAAUUCAGUAAUUGCCGGGAUUAACUUUAACUUUGAAAAUUCGUUUGCAUAAAAGAAAUUUGGAUGGUACGACAAGAUCUCAAGUCCGCAAAUCUCGAGGACCGUAAUCUUGUGUACGCAGAUCUAAAGUCCCAUAAUCUUGGAAACCAAAAUCUUGGAGACCAAAAUCUUGGAAACCACAAUCUUGGAAAGUAAAAAUCAACGCUUUUUGUGAAUAGAUUUUUAUCAGAAAUUGUAUUUGGUGAUCCAAAAAAGAAAAAUAUAAGUAGAUAAAGUGCAAUAAAGAAGACUAAAAAAAGGAAGAUUUUUUUGCUUUCCAAGAUUGUGGUUUCCAAGAUUUUUGGUCUCCAAGAUUUUGGUUUCCAAGAUUAUGGGACUUUAGAUCUGCGUACACAAGAUUACGGUCCUCAAGAUUUGCGGACUUGAGAUUUUGUCGUACCAUCGAAAUUUGAAAAAAGUUAAUUAGCGCGCCACCUUGAAAAAACAUCUCCGCCCACUUUUUCCUGCCUUGCAAAAAUAAUCUUUUUUUUAAAUAGUUUUUUGUUUCCACUUUUCGAGUUUUUGUUUUCCUUGAUAGUGUUUGUUGGGAUGCACGCAAAUUUACUUGCAAAGAUUUUUUGAAAGAGCGAUAUCGUGAAGUUCGAAGAAAAAAUAAAAGCGUUAAUUUAAGGUCUCAAAAAAACAACGAGUUAUACUCACAAAAAUGUCAAAACUCGAGUUUUCUUUGGUUUUUCCAUUUUUUUGAUUUAUUUUAGUAAUUCCUCAUUAGGCGCGUUGAGCUUUUUUUUAAGAAUCGAGCGUUUAAGCUUGAAAGCUUUUCUUUGGUUUAAUAGCUUUUUAUAGUCAAUGUUUCCCGACUUGAAAGGCGAAGGAGGCGGGGCAAGGGGCGGGACGCGUAGCGUGUGCGUUCGCGGUUCUUGGCAGGAGUUCAAUUCAAUUGUCGCCGACUAUUUAAAAAGCUCGGCAACCGCUCUUUUUUUCAAUGUUUUUCUACUAUUUCUUGAUGCCCACAUGAAUAUAAUCAAUAAAUAAUUGAAAAAAAGAAUGAAAAAAAGCGAAAAAAACGGGCUUUUCAAAGAGUAUAUGGCGGUUGAAUUGAACACGUGCCAAGGACCGCAAACGCACACGCUACGCGUCCGCCCCUGCCCCGCCUUUCUCGCCUUUCAAGUCGGGAAACAUUGACUAUAAAAUGUCCAAUUUUCAAGAUUUUUCCAUGUUUUUCAGAAAAAAAUGCCUUAAUUUACAGAUCCACCACAUUUGCACAUGCAGUCUGUACAUUGUGUUCAUUUCUAUGUAUUUUCAUGAACCUUUACGUGCUUUUGAGCCGAGAAGAAACGAUUUUCUACUUGAGGGCGUAUCAUACGGUAGGAAAAAUGUUUAUUUCUUAUCAAUUCAUUUUGAAACUUGAAGAUUGUCGGUAUUUUGAUGAUUUGCUGUGGGAUUGUCGAACUUGAGUUUUCUGUAUCGCACCAGGAAGUUGCCUAAAUUAGACGAGCCUCACUCGAUUCCGGAUCCUGCGUUGAUAGGUUUUUUGUCACGAUUUGUAGAACUAACUGUAUUUUUUGAGUUUCAGGCGCCAUCGCCUUGACCAUCGGCAUCAUGCUUGGGUUAGUUUUUUGAAAAAAACUUGAUAGAAAAAAAAUGAAAAUUUGUUAGGUAUCUCUACUUCAUCGUGUUCAACUACGCAUUCCAGUCCUGCGAUAAACUUGUCGACGCGAUUUAUUCUUCUGAACUUUGGCUCGAAACCAUUUAUGACCUGGUCAUGGCCUCCUUUUCCGGGCUAUCUCUGAUUUAUAUUCUUCAUCGAAGAUAUUACGGAGCUAUCAAUUCGAAUUUGGAUAAGGUAAGGUGGAUGUUGGAUAAAAACAGGGGAAGCGCUUUUUUUUAAAUUUCUGUCAAGGUAAUGGGUGUUUAUUUUUAGUGUUAAGAAUUUGUUUUACAUAGAUUGGAAUAUUUAUUUUUUGGUGUUUCAGAUGCUAUUUGAUGAUUUUUUUCAGUUGUAUAAAUUGUAAAAACUGAUGAAUUGUAAACUUUAGGUCUGAAAUCAAUAUGGAGAGCAGAAAUUAAGCUUUUCUUUCAAUUUUUUUUGGUUGAUAAAAUAAUUUUUUUGGCUCAAAAUACGCAAGAAAAAUUUCAGAAAACUAGCAUUAUCUUUUUACCAACAGAAAAAGUAGCGAUUACCCUUCUUUAGGUCGGCCGUUUGUUCAUCAACAUCACGUUUUCCGUAGUCUGGAUGAAGGUCGUCAUCUACAAGGGCUACUUGAGCCAUCAAGUUUCAGAAAACUUUGAUUGAUAAAUUAAAAUUUGAACUUUUUAGGAGCUGUGCCAAAGAAAAGAGUUGGAAGGGUAUUGGUGUCCAGUAAUGAAGCGAAAUUACGAUUGCAGCCCUUACGAUGACCUUCACGGUACUCAAAAGUCAUGGUGAAUUCCAUUAGGAUCCUUGAAAAUAAGUUGAAGCUUAGCUGGGAAAUUUACAGUGGCUACUAUAGGGUUUUGACGUUUUAGAGACCACUAUAGUAGUAAAAUUAGUGGCCUCUUAAAAGGUUAGAAUUUAGUGGUCACUAUAGAGGUCUAAGUGCUACUACUAGACCACUUAAAGUUUGAGUGGCCACUUUAGGGGUCAAUAGAUCAAUAUAACUGGUCCAAUCUGUUUUGUUUUUAAAAUUAUCAGAGUUACUGGAAGGAAUAUUGAAUGAAAAAAACUACUGAAGUGGUCACUAAAACGGAAAAAUAGUGGCCACUCUAGAGGUGGGUUUAGUGUCCUCUCAAGUAGUCCUCGGCGAGCCUCUAUAUAUAGUGACCACUAAUAACUUUCCCAGUAUAGCCGGCUUGGAACAAAAAAAAAAGGCGUGACCUGCCCCCGCUCUCCACCUAGGGACCGCAAAGCCACGCCCCUUUUCGCGAUAGAAAAAGUGGCUUUUUUUUGGUUUUCAACUUUCAUUUUGUUGUAGUUGCAAAAUAUGUGGAACUGGCUAAUGAAAUUUGACACACAUGUACAGAAAAGCUUCCUCUUUCGUUUAAAAAAUAUUUCACGCUUUUUUGAUGCGUUCUCGCGGAAUGUCGUACAAAAACGUGAAUGCAACUAAAAAAAUUUGUCAUUUUUUGCUUUUUCAUGUGUUUUGAGGUCGAACGCACUCUUUCUUUUUUUAAAUAAUGAUUUUGAUUCAAGUAACGGUAAUUUUAAAACAAUAAAAUAAAAAAUUCGUCUUUGCCAAAAAUUUUAGGGAGUGCCGAAAGUCAUAAUUCAAAAUAUCGUUAAUAAGCGAAUAUAAUCGAGUUUUUUUGUUUUUUUCAAAAAUUUAGACCAUGGGCUUACUCAAAUUUUUUUCUCCACAGCAUAUGUGCUUGAAAAAAAGUUGUUUAAUACGCCAAAAUGCUCUUGAAAAAUAGAGAAUAAAAUUAGCGGCGUUUAUCACACAGAAAGCGGUCGAACGCAGGUUUUUUUUAAACGAUUAUAUGCAUUUAUUAGUAAAAAAAUCUUUCAAUUAAAAAGAAUAAAAAUAAAAAAAUUCGUCUUUGCCAAAAAAAUUUACGGGGCCAUUUUAAUGCAGCGAUCGUUGAACGAGGCAAAAAAAGCACUAAAAAAACAGUUUUUUUUCGAAGUGAAUUUCCACAGAAAGUUUGAGUAAAGAUUUGCGAACAUAUUCUGAUAAAAAGUAGCUAAAUUACUUCAAAUUUUUUUAUUUUUUUGAAAUAGGCAAUCUGUGCUAUUCAAACGGCUCAAGGGUAUGGCGGAUGAAAGCUCUCCUUGCUGGACUCAACAGCUUGGCGCAGCGCGUGCGCUGCGAAUUUUCAUUUUGUGGUCGCGAGUUCGAUGCCCGCAAGCGCCAGUUUUUUUGUUUUCUGGAAAAAUACCGACUUUUUUUCGGCAAACUAGCAAAUUUUUUUAUCAUUUUAGCACUCUAUUACGAUUUGUUACAUCAUAAUAGACCAGUGUCAAAACUUAUUCUAGAAGAAAAAUCGAGAAAAACGUCAAAAAUGGAUAAUACCAAAAUUCCAGUACUAAAAAUUGGUGCGCGGCGCGCCACAUUUUUCGUCAUAACUUUUUUCAUCCUCAAUCUUUUUCGAAAAACUAAACGGUUCUGAUUUUUGAAUCGAAACAGCUAUCAAACCAUACGAAGCUCAAUGCUGAAAAAAUUUUUUUGAAAAUUCGUCUGCGGUCCCUAUCUCCACCAAACAAGCACUGUCGCUUUUCUUAUCGUGUCAGGACCCUUUUUUUGACGGCUCUAGUCAGCCAUCAAACAGAUUUAACAACUUUCUUUACUUCACUUUUUCUCAUUCUAAAAAAACCAUCCAACUUAUAAAAUGUACGUUUCAACCCGUAAAUGAAAAGUCAUUGACAGUCUUGAUGUCAAUGUGUGCAAAUAGCUUUUUCAACCAAUCCAGGGGAAAAUAGAAAUUGAUUGAUGUGAGAAAAAUGUAGCGUUUCAAACCCAUCCCCCCUCCCUAUUACAACACCUAAAAUCAAAAAAAAAGAUUCAUUAGCGAGUUUCUUUUUGAAGAAAAAUGGCGGACAAUCAUUGUUCACUUUAUUGCAUACAUGGGUAAAGUCCAGAAGGUCCUGAAAGAGGAACUUUUAGGAACUCAAAAAUGAGCUCCAGACUCUUCUUUUUGUGGCUUUUUAAGGCUGUUUGGACUUUGCUUCUUUGCGAAAAACCCCCUAUUACAACACCUUUGCUCCCCCAAUCAUUCCACAGGGCAAAUUCAAAAGACCUUGAAAAAGCCUCGAAAAAUAAGAGUCUAGAGCCCAUUUUUGAGUUCCUAAAAGGUGUCAAAAGUUUCUCGAAAUCUCCUUUUUUCCGCCUUCUUCUUCUUUUUUUCAUAAAAUGAUCCUUUUCAGAAAAAGGUCAGAAAAACAGGCCUGUGAAGACUUUGCCCGUGGGGGUUCGCACCGAUCUGUGUACGACUUAUUAUUUAAAAAAAUGAAAGGCGUCAAAAAUAUUUGCAACCUUCCUUCCAGGUACUACAUAAACAAAGGCCUUCUCUCCAGUUCAAUCAUUUCAUGUGCCUCCGAAUUUUUCCCAGUUCUUCUCGUCGGUCAUUGGCUGGCCUGUGGUGGCGCCGAGGAAAAGGCCGAGGAUAUUGAGAGGAGAAUGAAAGUCUGACUUUUCAAAAAAAGAAGAAUGAAUUUAUUUUUCUUCAGAGAAAGGCCGGCGUCCGGGGAAUGCUCCGGGAGUUCAUGAAGGACAUUUCUCGGGUCUACGUUGCUCAUCCGGCCAUGCAGUCGCCUCCAUUGGUCAUUAGGUUUAGUUUUAAAGGAUCAUGUGUUGAAUUUCAGAAGAUUACUAGAGCGAAGAGCCUUUAAAAGUGAAAAUAUUGUUUUUCUGAUCGCCUUUAAACCUUCAUACCUCAAAAACUGCGAUCUAGUCUCCUGAAAAAGUUUUUUGAAGUUUUCUCUUCAUUCAAAAUGUAUCUUUUUCUGAAAAAGUUCUAGCCAGUUUUGAGUCAUGUUUUUUGUACGAAUUGUUCGAAUUUUACGGAAGUACAGGGCCAUGUGUCUUCAAAAAUCAGAGUUAGGUUUUUCUGGUCGAUUUUUAACACGCUGUCUCUGUAAUUCUCAAAAAAAUUUCUAAAAGCAACGGGUACAAUAAAAAAAUAUUUUUGAUUUUUGAUGAAACUUCAUCCAGUAUAAUUGUCCGUCAUCAGAAAUGCGGAUCCAACUUUUUGAGCCAUUCCCUCUUACUGUAGCCGGGUUACGGUAGGCAGGUGGGCACCUGCGUAUCUCAGUAUUUAAGAGUUUUUAUUAGGCGAGUGAUGUAUCAAUCGAUAGGUAAUCCAAUUUCAAGAACUUUUACAGUACAUACCAUCUUGGGUUACGGUCGAAAAAUUUUGAGUUACGGUACUUUUUGUGUCUGCCGAGUCAGUUUUUCGACCACUAUGAGCUUGAGCCAGGAGAUCCAUUCUUCCUAACUUCUCAAAAGAUACCUUAUGAGAAGCUGUACAAGCUGGUACUAGUUUGAAAAAAUCCUAGGUGGACCAUCAUUUCGAAAAAUCGCCCCGAAGGCGCGCAAUCGUGGUCUUGCGGCGGCCAAGUGGGUGAAGUCCAUGAUGCCUGACGGCUCAUUCUUCACAGAUCCAUUCCAAUCUUUGUUUCCAUUUCACUCAUAGAUAUCUAUUAUUGAUUUUUCAUUUCAAUUUGAGAUGUUUUCGGGUUGACCAUCAUUUCGAAAUUUCAUUUUUGAACCCAAAUUUGGCCUGAAAUGGCCGACUCGGCCUUUUCACGGGAUCCCUGACCCCGUAUGUGACCGCUCUCAACUUUUUUUCUUUCUUAAACGUGAACAAGAGUGUCUGAACAACAUUUUUAUAACAAUCAGAAACCCUUUUGAGAGGACCAUCAUCUCGAAAUUUCAUUUUGAACUCAAAUUUGACCCUAUGUUGAUUGGAAAAGAGGAAAUUUUUAAAGAACUGGUAAGUGAAAUUUUUCGUUUCGUUGAAACGUAAAAUCGAAGAGCAGAGUGAUAAAAUCUGUCUUGUUGAGAUGAAAGAUAAAGGUCUUUCUAUAACUACUUUUCACAAAAAUCAGUACAUGCUUGUAUGCCUAUUUCUCCGAUUUCACGUCGUUCAAACGAUAUAAAAAGUUGUACUUGACAGUUCUAUAAGGAAUCCCGUGAAAAAGGCCGAGUCGGCCAUUUCAGGCCAAAUUUGGGUUCAAAAUGAAAAUUCGAGAUGAUGGUCUUCUCAAAAGGGUUUCUGAUUGUUAUAAAAAUGUUGUUCAGACACUCUUGUUCACGUUUAAGAAAGAAAAAAGUUGAGAGCGGUCACAUACGGGGUCAGGGAUCCCGUGAAAAAGGCCGAGUCGGCCAUUUCAAGCCAAAUUUGGGUUCAAAAUGAAAUUUCGAAAUGAUGGUCAACCCGAAAACAUCUCAAAUUGAAAUGAAAAUCAAUAAUAGAUAUCUAUGAGUGAAAUGGAAACAAAGAUUGGAAUGGAUCUGUGAAGAAUGAGCCGUCAGGCAUCAUGGACUUCACCCACUUGGCCGCCGCAAGACCACGAUUGCGCGCCUUCGGGGCGAUUUUUCGAAAUGAUGGUCCACCUAGGAUUUUUCAAACUAGUACCAGCUUGUACAGCUUCUCAUAAGGUAUCUUUUGAGAAGUUAGGAAGAAUGGAUCUCCUGGCUCAAGCUCAUGGUGGUCGAAAAACUGACUCGGCAGACACAAAAAGUACCGUAACUCAAAAUUUUUCGACCGUAACCCAAGAUGGUAUGUACUGUAAAAGUUCUUGAAAUUGGAUUACCUAUCGAUUGAUAUAUCACUCGCCUAAUAAAAAAACUCUUAAAUACUGAGAUACGCAGGUGCCCACCUGCCUACCGUAUCCCGGCUACAGUAAGAGGGAAUGGCUCAAAAAGUUGGAUCCGCAUUUCUGAUGACGGACAAUUAUACUGGAUGAAGUUUCGUCAAAAUCAAAAAAUAUUUUUUUUUAUUGUACCCGUUGUUUUUGAGAAUAACGGAGACAGCGUGUUAAGCCUUCAUACCUCAAAAGUUUCGUUUUGAAAUCGCUAAACCUGUGAAAUGACGUUGCGAGUUUUCUUAAAACCUUGCAAAAGUUGUUUUUUUGUUGUUGAUAGAAACGCAUUGCAUCUUUGUAUAUUUCAAAGCUAGUUCUGUCAAAGAAUUGUGUUCUGAAUCCAUUUUUUUUUUCUUCAGAAAGAUCACCGUUUACUUUUUCUGGGUCAUAGUCCCGCUGGCGAGCUUGGCGUCGGUCCUGAAAUGGAUCAUUUAUUUUUAUUAUGCCAUCGGUUUGGAUUUUCAGUAGCAAAAAGACAAAUUAACUGGAAAAUUUUCAGAUUUCGACGAGCUCGUGGCAAAACAUUGGGUUGUUAACGAUUACACGAGUUUAGUGGCGAAUGUCCUCCAAGUUUUCAUGUUUAUUGGAGUAAGUUCUAAAGAAAAAAAAAGAUUGAUAGAAUUUUUAUCGAUUGGAAUGUUAUCAGUUCCAUUAUUUAUCCGGUUCCGAUCAAAUCUCAGUAAUUUUUUCGGUUUUUUUCUAUCUCGUCAAUAAUAUAAAUUAGAACUGGAACUAGUUGAGUUUGUCGGUUUAAGAUCAUACUUUUGGACAGAAACUUACCAAAUCCUUUUCUUUUCUAGGUAAUCUUAAAGUUAGGUACCCAAGAAACCCAGAAAAAGUAUGAUCAAAUCAAAUCAUUUAUUUUGUUGUUUUAGUGAUGUAAUCGACUAGGCGGUGAACAAGAACUUUGAAAGCUAUAACGAACAACCGCCUUUGGCGAGCUAGAAGUCCAAACGUGUAGUCGAAAGAGUUGAAAGCAUGGUCUUACGGUCCUUCGCCUCGUCCUUCUGCGCAUAGUCCAUUCAGUUGCGCCUUGACGAGCUCAGAAUAUAGUGGAUGGUGUAGCUGGAGCCCGGAGACCGUGCUCUAGGGGGAAGCCUCAGAAUGAGAGCGACCACUUCGAGGGAAGCUUUUACACGGAAUCGAUGAUAAUCGAAAAUUUGACGCGAUAACCUCUCAAACGAUAAAAUUAUGUUUCCAACAUUUUUGAACCAAAAGAUGAAGGAUAACUUCAGAUGUGGAUAUUCUCCAUAACGAUCGCCGAUGAACGGCUCGACGCCCAUCACAAGGCCCACGCUCGAGGCGAUAUUUCCAUCCUUUUCGGAUGUUGUGUCGUUCUUCUCAUUAAACUGGUAUGUUAUCGAAAAUUUUUGGCGGGGGGUGUUAUUGAAAGCUAUAAAUGAUUCUUUUUUUAUAUUGUUGUUUCAUUUUAAGUUGAUGCCGUGUACUUUUUUUGAGUUCAAAAACAUCUCACACUCUCCUAAGUUCAGGUAUCUUUCUUCACUUUAUGACGGCUAUUUUGCGUUUUUUUAGAAACGGCAUGAGCUUCUCAUUUGACACUUAACAUAAUUUUCAUUCUUAGCUUUGAAAAAAAUAAUUGAAAUUGGCUUCCUUCCGGAUCAUAUUCCUGUUCAAGGAUCAGAAGUCAAAAUUUUCGAAAAAAAAAAAGAAAAAUCGUUCCUCACUAGGGAACAUUUUUUUAGAUCUCGUUUUCGAGUUAGGACACUUCAAAAGCCCGAAAUAGCGCCUCUUUGGCCUAAUUUGCGUAUUUUGCACACAUUGAAGCUCUAUAACUCGGAAACAAGAUCUAUUGCGAGAAUUUUUUUUUCUUGAUCUGCAAUCAGGAGGUCCUAAAGUACACUUCAGCAAAGUUUCAGCAAAAGUUCAACCGGGGGGUAAAAAACGUUCCCUGGUCAGACGAAUUUUUUUCUUUUGUAUAUAUCUGCAAGGCUGUGUUUUUCCGAGUUUUUUUAAGCUUUUGUGAUCAUAAUUAGAUCUAUCAAGCCUUUCGAAGGUUUGGGAAGGUUUGAACGAGUGAAAAAUGAAAAAAAUCAUGAAACCAGAUUAUCAUUUUUUUAUUUUUUGUUUGAGGUAUACUGUUUCGAAAAAAAAUGUGAGACUUACCAGCACGAUUCAUGUAGAAAUUUUUUGCCUUCUAUGAUUCAAGUAACACUGAUUCAAAUCAAAGUGACACUUUUUGAAAAAAAUAAUAAUAGAAGCCGUGGUUUCUAUACACCACGGUACGGUCGUUAUAAAACACUGGAAAACUACUUUUUUUGAUCUUUUUUUUUGAAAUGCUCUUAUAAUAUUUUGCUCUCUUUCUCUUGAACAAUCAUUUCUAGGUCCUGCAAUCCACCGAACUCGAAUAUCAGAGAAAAGACGGUUUUAUCAAUCAAACGGAUGCCAUCGUCUCAACGGUUAACCUGGCGACCAUGCAGGUGCGACUCAAAAUCUCAAAGCGAUCAAAAAAAAAUUUCAAAAGUUUAGUUGUCCCAAUGGCUCCAAUAUUUCGCGAUUCGGCGGCUUCUCGCAUUGUCUGAUCGUGAUUGUAAAGCUACAAAGUCUUUCCUUCCCCUUGUUGGCUUAGGUAAGCCUUUUUUGGACUUGAAUUAGUUUGAAGUUCUAUUUUGAAUGAUAUAUGUUACAGUUUGUUUCAGACUUGAGGUAAAGGUUAGAGAAAAAAAUGUGGAGACUUUGAGUAGGUUUAGGAACGCCAGAGUGGUCCCUAAAGGGGGCACUUUCAGGGACACUCCUCCUAUAGGGGCACUGAAUCUUGUAGAAGUGGUCACUUCAGGGGAGCCUGUCACAGAUCCCAUACGUCUUUUCAUUGUGCAAGUCAUAAUGAAAGUUUUUAAGACCACUUUAGGGACCACUUAAGCUUUAGGGGCUCAGGGGUGAGACCCUAAACCCCUAUAUGGAUCACCUCAAUUUUAGCCCCGCAGUAGGCGCUGUUUUUUCUUCCCAACCCCUCUAGGGACCACUCUGACGCUCCUAAGCAUGGUGAGAAAAUUCCGCCCAUCUCUGGCCGCUAGCCGAAACUCAUGAAAAAACAAUAACUUGGUUUCUAGACAAAUUUUGCCAAUUUCUGAGCAGUUUUAAUUAUUUCGAGUGUUUCAGGAGGUUUGCUCAUCGCCUGGGUUCACUUCGGAAUCACAUUUUUUGCUACUUCUUUGAUAAAGUACGAAUUGACGGACGAGACUUUCAGGUAAUACAGAAACCUCUUUAAGGAAAAUUAUAAAAAACCGUUUUUUAUUGAAUUUUAUUGAGAAGUAUGAAGAUGGAAAGGGUUUUUCAAGGAAACUUUGUCUGGACCUUUAGAGUCGGAAAGUAUUUUUCGUCAAAUUUCGCAUAAAAGAUCUUCUAAGCCUUUUCAUCCAAAAAUAGUUUAGAAAAUGAAAAACCUUCAGAUUCUCGAGCACCACGUUGAUCUGCAUGAUCUUCACGCAAACGUUGUUCCCGGCCGAUUACUUAUUCGCCUUCACUGUCAGCGGCUGUUAUCUGGAGCUCCUCCAGCGCUACCUCAACUUUGGGUUCUUCCAGCUCGGCGAGCCGCGAAUGGCUCGUCACGGCUCCGGUCAUGGAUCUCAUGGAUCACCUGCGGAGCAUGAGCAAGAGGUACUGACAUAGGAAAGUCGGGAAAGUGCACAGUGGUGUCCGAAAAAAAUGUUUUUUUUUAGGGGAAAGGCGCCUUUUUUUUCUCCGCUUUUUCAGCCUGUAUUUAUCAUUUUGGCGAGAUCCCCUUUUUUUGAACCUUCAUAAUUUUUCAAGAGAGGAUAAGCGUGUAAAAAGUGACCUGUUUGCGACCUUCUAGCGACGUUUCUUCUGUUUUCUACCCUCUCACGAGUUUGUGAAAGAGAUCUUCGUGAGACCUUCUAGUGGCUUUUCUUUUGUUUUCUACCAUUUUCGGCCUUCAGAACUCUAAAAAUUGACCUAUUUCCGAUUUUUAGAAUGGACACGUUCCACAAGGAGGACUCCAUUCGAUGAUGCACGCCGCCAGUAUUUUCCACCGAAAAAGGAUGGAAAACUUGGAGGAUAAUACUGAGGUGAAUACUGGGAACCUAGAUUGGAGGGCGAUUUUAAAGUUGUAAUUUUUUCAAGGUGUAGGGAAACCUGUAAAAAAGUUAUUGGUCAUGAAACCUUGAAGCUUUAGAGGCCCUAUAGGGACCACUCUGGUUCGAACUUUCCUCUCCACUUUUCCUUUGCUUAUAGGGGCCAUUAAAUUUUGCAGAAGUUGCCCCUCUAGGGUCCUCAAAGAGUCUUUAGUUUUUUUAGACACCUCUAGGGACUACUUAAACUUUACGAAUUCAGGGGUCAGAUCCUUGAUCUUUUGUUACAUGAUCAAAAAAAGAGUUACUCAUAGUUUUUUCUUUGACCCCAUACCUAUUUUAGUCGAUUCCCAGGGUGGCGUCGCAUAAAUUAACAUGAAAAACCUGAAAAUGACGCGAUUUUACAGUCAACCACGUCAUCCGUGAGGUCCCUACGCGAAUCCAAAGAUAUCCUAUGA